CACACACAAGCUCCCUCGUAUUUUGUGGGAGAAAGUAAGAAGAGGGAGAGAGAAAGAGAGAGAUUGAGAGAGAGUGAUUGGAAGCCUCUCUCUGCUCUCUCCGCUUUUCUGUUCACUCAGACUCAAUGGGGCUCUAGCAUUAGGGGUUUCAAGCUGUAAAACUAAAUAUUUAUUACCCGUUCCCUUCUUUCUUUUUACGCUUUGUACAUAACACAGAUAACUUAUUGAAGAACAAGGUGGGUGUGCGUGUCAAGAAGUCUCUUAAGACGCACCAAGUCGUUGAUGUUAAAAGAACGAAAAGGCUAAUUUGAAACUGUCCUGCCUUGUAGUCCAACCAAACUGGUCAAAAACUUGGGAACUAUGGAUAUUCGGAAGAAGCGGAGGCCGUGGUGCACGGAGAGCUCGUUCUUGCUCCUCCUGUGCCUUACUCUAUCACACGCAGAUCCGAUAGAUGUUUUGCGGGUGCUGCAGUUGCCUUCGCUCCCUGAAGGUGUGCAGAAGGUCCCGGGUUUCUGCGCCUCUCGACGGUCCAGCACUCCUGAUCAUGCCUACCGCAUCACUAAGAAAGCCCAGAUCACUGCCCCCACCAAACAACUAUUCUCUGGACGUUUUCCAGAGAACUUCUCCAUCAUGACUCUGGUAAAGGCCAAGGCUGGUCUUCAGGCCUUCCUGCUGUCCAUCUAUAAUGAGCAGGGUGUCCAGCAGCUCGGUCUAGAGUUGGGACGCUCACCCAUCUUCCUGUAUGAAGACCAGAAUCGCAAACCUGCCCCAGAGGACUACCCACUGUUCAAAGGGGUCAACCUGGCUGACGGCAAGUGGCACCGCAUUGCCAUUUCUGUGCAGAAGAAGAACAUCACUCUGAUCCUUGACUGCAAGAAUCGUAUUACAAAAACUCUGGCACGUAGCAACAAACCAGUCUUGGACACCAAGGGCAUCACUGUGUUUGGAGCCCGUCUCCUGGAUGAAGAGGUCUUCCAGGGUGAGAUCCAGCAGCUGCUGAUCGCAUCCAAUCCUCAGGCCGCUUUUGACUUCUGUGAGCACUACAGCCCCGACUGUGACUCCCCUCUGCCCAAAGUUCAGUCCCAGGACCCAAACACCUACGAGGGAAAGGCGAACAAUGGCAAAGCUGAUAAGAUAAAAACUGCCCCAGCCAAAGCUGCUCCAGCUAAACCAGCUAAAGUCAAGCCAACUCCAAAGCCGAAGGCCAAACCUACUGCUGCGCAAAUCUUGAUCUCAAAGAUAAAACCUACUUUACCUUCUAAAAUAGCAUCCAAACCAAAAGCAGCACCAGCCCCAAAGACUGAAAACAAAAAGAAGGCAAACGACAAUGGAAAAAAUAAUGGUCAAACUAAAGUAAAUGGUAAUGGCAAUGGUAAAAACAAUGGGAAUGGGAAAGAUGCUAAUGGUAAGGCUAAGGCUGGCAGCAAUGGCAAAGCCAAUAACAAUGGCAACGGAAAGGCAACUGUGGAGAAAAAAGCAAAUGGAGAAGUUAAAGCUAAUGGCAAUGGUGCAAAAACAGUGAAGACUGAAAAAGCAGCAGUGACCAAAAUAACAGUAGCAAAGAAGUCAGAGACAACUGCGAAGAAAGCAGAGACCAAACCACAACUAGCCAAAGACAAAACAAAAUCAAAUGCACCACCCACAAAGCCAAAAGCAACCAAACCUGUGCUAGGAAAGGUUCAGACCAAAGUCACUAAAACUCAGAAACCCACCCAUGCUCCUUUGCCUCUCCCUCCAAAGUAUAAGGUUUUGGAUGUCAAUAACGUCAAAUCAACGUCCAAAAAUGUCCCACCCUUCGACAAGGCUGCUGUGAGUGGCACGACCAUGUCUUCUCCAGCAAUACCCAAGAAGAGACCCACCAAUGGUUAUCAACAGGACGUAGAUCCUGCUUACUCAGAGGCUGACCACACCCCCACAGAGACCGAUUAUUAUUAUGCAGUAGAAGAAGAGGCGAGCCCACAGCCAGAGAGUGAUCUGACUGGAUAUGAAGAAACCAUUAACAAGGUUGACGAGACUGUUGGCGCUGAGGAAGUAGAUGCAACCAAGACAGGUGGUGAAGGGGUGUCUCAAACACCAGACGAGCCCUUCACUGAGGAGUACAUUACAAGCGACUUUGGAACAAAGGAGUAUGACUAUUCCUACAGGGACUACAAUGAGCCCAUCAUCGAAAGCAAGACAGAAGACACCUUUGGUCCUGCUCUGUCUGCUGUGACAGAUGAGGGAGGUGCCUCCGUGCGAGCCCAGAAGGGAGAGAAGGGAGAGCCUGCUGUCCUUGAACCUGGCAUGUUGAUUGAAGGACCACCUGGACCAGAAGGACCAGCAGGUCUCCCUGGCUCCGCUGGCCCCCAGGGACCCCCUGGUUCUGUUGGUGAUCCUGGUGAGAGGGGUCCUUCAGGUAAAGCUGGUCUACCUGGAGCGGACGGGCUCCCAGGACCUCCUGGAACUUCUGUCAUGCUUCCUUUCCGUUUCGGACAGAGUGCUGGUGAAAAAGGGCCCAUUGCCUCGGCACAGGAGGCCCAAGCUCAAGCCAUCCUGUCUCAGGCUCGGUUGGCAAUGAAAGGCCCACCAGGGCCAAUGGGUUUCACCGGCCGUCCAGGACCUACGGGAACACCUGGAAGUCCUGGCUUAAGGGGAGAAAGCGGGGACCCUGGUCCUCAGGGCCCCAGAGGUCCUCAAGGAUUGUCUGGUCCUCCUGGUAAAUCUGGUCGGAGGGGUCGGGCAGGUGCUGAUGGAGCCAGAGGGAUGCCAGGAGAGACUGGAAUUAAGGGCGACCGUGGCUUUGAUGGCCUACCUGGUUUGCCUGGUGACAAGGGUUAUCGUGGUCAAACUGGUGGCAUGGGACCCAUAGGACCCCCUGGAGAGGACGGAGAAAGGGGAGACGAUGGGGACAUUGGACCUAGAGGUCUUCCCGGCGAACCGGGGCCCCGUGGGUUGCUGGGGCCUAAAGGGCCUUCUGGUCUUCCUGGACCUCCUGGUGUUCGUGGAAAUGAUGGUCCACAUGGUCCAAAAGGAAACUUGGGGCCUCAAGGAGAGCCUGGUCCUCCAGGACAGCAGGGGGCUCCAGGAACACAGGGAAUGGCGGGUCCCCAGGGUGCUCUUGGACCACCAGGAGAAAAAGGGCCCACAGGAAAGCCAGGUCUGCCAGGAAUGCCCGGAGCUGACGGUCCUCCAGGUCAUCCCGGAAAGGAAGGCCCCGCUGGGACCAAAGGAAAUCAGGGUCCUAAUGGUCCUCAGGGGUCUAUUGGCUAUCCUGGCCCUCGGGGAAUUAAGGGUGCUCAAGGUAUCCGUGGACUGAAGGGCCAUAAGGGAGAGAAGGGAGAGGACGGAUUCCCUGGAAUCAAAGGAGACUUUGGUGUGAAGGGAGAGAGGGGAGAGGUGGGAGUGCCUGGCCCAAGAGGAGAGGACGGUCCCGAGGGGCCGAAGGGUCGUGUCGGUCCCCCUGGUGAACUUGGUCCUAUUGGCCUGCUGGGAGAGAAGGGUAAACUUGGUGUGCCUGGGCUGCCUGGAUAUCCUGGAAGGCAAGGAAUUAAGGGCUCCCUGGGUUUCCCAGGAUUCCCUGGUGCUAAUGGCGAGAAAGGCGCGAGGGGUUUGACUGGAAAACUUGGACCAAGAGGACAGAGAGGGCCGACAGGUCCCAGAGGCCAAAGAGGACCCCGUGGGGCAACAGGAAAAACAGGUGCUAAGGGUGGAUCUGGCAGUGACGGGCCUUCUGGACCACCUGGAGAGAGAGGACUAACUGGACCUCAAGGUCCAAAUGGAUUCCCUGGGCCGAAGGGACCUCCUGGACCUCCAGGGAAAGAUGGACUGCCUGGACACCCUGGACAAAGAGGCGAAGUUGGUUUCCAAGGCAAAACUGGACCACCUGGGCCACCAGGAGUUGUUGGACCACAGGGUCCCUCUGGUGAGACUGGACCAAUGGGAGAGCGUGGUCACUCGGGACCCCCAGGACCACCCGGGGAGCAAGGUCUUUCUGGGCCUUCUGGUAAAGAGGGAACCAAAGGAGAUCCCGGUCCCCCUGGCGGUCCCGGUAAAGACGGACCCCCUGGACUGAGAGGAUUCCCAGGAGAGAGAGGACUUCCAGGAACCCCAGGCACUGGAGGACUGAAAGGAAAUGAAGGCCCUGCUGGACCACCUGGACCUGCUGGAUCACCUGGAGAGAGAGGAGCAGCUGGCACCGCAGGUACUGUCGGCCCCCCUGGACGACCCGGACCUCAGGGACCCCCUGGAGCUGCGGGAGAGAAGGGCGUGCCAGGAGAGAAAGGUCCUAUUGGUCCAGCUGGCCGUGAUGGCAUCCAAGGCCCAGUCGGUCUCCCAGGCCCUGCUGGACCUCCAGGUACUGCUGGAGAGGAUGGAGACAAGGGUGAGGUUGGAGAGCCAGGACAAAAGGGCGGUAAAGGAUCCAAGGGAGAACAUGGUCCUCCUGGUCCACCUGGGCCAAUGGGUCCUGUUGGACAGCCUGGUGCAGCUGGUGCUGAUGGGGAGACAGGUGCGAGGGGUCAACAGGGACCAUUUGGCGCUAAGGGAGAUGAAGGGACAAGAGGGUUCCCAGGUCCUCCAGGCCCCAUCGGACUGCAGGGGUUGCCAGGCCCAGCUGGAGAAAAAGGAGAGACGGGAGAUGUUGGUCCAUUGGGUCCUCCUGGUCCCCCAGGUCCACGUGGUCCAGCUGGUCCUAAUGGUGCUGAUGGUCCUCAAGGUCCUCCAGGAGGUUUGGGUAAUCCAGGUCCCAUCGGAGAGAAGGGUGAGCCUGGUGAAUCCGGACCACCUGGAGUCGGCGGAGAGCCUGGAAAAACUGGUCCGAGAGGAGAGCGUGGAGAGAAGGGAGAGGCUGGGCAGCCGGGCACCUCUGGUCCUCCUGGUGGAAAAGGACCCCAUGGAGAUGACGGACCCAAAGGAAACCCUGGUCCUGUUGGUUUCCCUGGCGAUCCUGGACCCCCUGGUGAAGUCGGACCACGAGGCCAAGAUGGUGCAAAGGGAGACAGAGGAGAGGAUGGAGAACAAGGAGAAGCUGGUUCACCUGGACCAACUGGUGAGAACGGACCACCUGGACCACCAGGAAAGAGAGGUCCUCCAGGCACAAGGGGACCGGAGGGUCGUCAGGGAGAGAAGGGAAGCAAGGGGGAUUCAGGUGCCCUUGGCCCUCCAGGAAAGACCGGCCCCGUGGGGCCACAGGGUCAACCAGGAAAACCAGGAACUGAGGGUCUAAGAGGGUUGCCUGGAACAGUGGGUGAGCAAGGUGCUCCAGGUGCAGCUGGCCAGAAGGGUCCUCCUGGACCGAUGGGUCCUCCAGGUUUGGCAGGUCUUCGUGGUGACUCCGGUGCUAAGGGUGAGAAGGGACAUCCAGGUAUGCUUGGUCUAAUUGGGCCUCCGGGAGAACAAGGAGAGAAGGGAGACCGAGGCAUGUCGGGCCCUCAGGGAUCUUCAGGACCCAAGGGAGAAACGGGUAUGCCUGGAGGAACUGGUCCUCUUGGUCCUGCAGGUCCUGCUGGUAUGCCUGGUCCGAGGGGUGUCAAAGGAGCUAAAGGUGCCACUGGCGGAGGCGGUCCUAAAGGAGAAAAGGGUGUACAAGGACCACCAGGACCACCUGGACCCCCUGGUGAUGUCAUCCAGCCGCUGCCCAUUCAGAUCCCUAAGAAGUCCAAGCGCUCCGUCGACGGCAGUAAGAUGCUCUCUGAGAGUGACGCUGAGGCUGCCGACGCCACGGGCGCAGAGUUCCUGACCCGUAACGAAGGAAUGGAGGAGAUCUUCGGCUCGCUCAACUCGCUGCGGCAGGAGAUCGACAGCAUGCGCUUCCCGCUGGGGACACAGGAAAGCCCCGCCCGCACCUGCCAGGACCUCCACCUCAGCCAACCAGAUCUGAAAGACGGCGAGUUCUGGAUUGAUCCGAAUCAAGGCUGUGCUCGGGACUCGUUCAAGGUUUACUGUAACUUCACCGCUGGAGGAGAGACAUGCCUGUAUCCCAGCAAAGCUGUGGAAAAUGUAAAGAUGAACACUUGGCCAAAGGAGAAGCCUGGGUCCUGGUUUAGUCAGUUUGCACAGGGCAGCAAGUUUUCAUAUGUUGACUGGAGUGGAGAGCCCGUGGGUGUCGUACAGCUGGGAUUCCUGCGACUGCUCAGUGUUCAGGCUCGUCAGAACCUGACCUUCCACUGCCAGCGGUCAGUGGCCUGGGCCGACCUCACUGCCGACGGCGGAUACGAGAGGGCACUACACUUCCAGGGUGCUAACGAUGAAGAGCUCAGCUACGAGACCAGCCCCUACAUCAAAGCCCUCACGGACGGCUGCUCUUAUCGUAAAGGCUUGGACAGGACAGUGCUGGAGGUGAACACACCUCAGGUGGAGCAGCUCCCCCUGCUGGACAUCAGGAUCUCAGACUUUGGGGAGGACAAUCAGAAAUUUGGUUUUGAAGUGGGACCUGUCUGUUUCCUGGGAUAAACACACACAUGCAGAGGGCGAGGGGAAUACAAUCACCAAUACAAUCAAGAACACAAACCCACCCACCCACACACACACAAACACACACACAAACACUCAUUAAUCAUGCACUUACAACCUAGACAUAAGUAUCACCACAUAGAGAUGUGCCAACACUAAUGAAGACAUUUGAAAUCACAUGUAACAAGUGGGUACACACAUAGAUUCACACACAUACACACAUGCACACACACACACAUUGUUGUAAAACAAAGUUGCACACAGAGUACACGCCCAGGGAAAAACACUCCCAGCAACAGAGGAGAAGAGAGCCAUUCUCGCAGGAGACAAGAGAAGAUGUUCUGUGAUGGAGCAGAUACUACUGGCCCUGUUUCAGCCCCCUCUCUCUCCUACAGAUCCCCUCCCCACUGUUCCUCUUCUGAGACGUCCCAUUCUUCCUACCUCCACGCCUGAGCGCUCCCAAACAGUCCUGUGUGAAGCUUCCUUCCUUCCUUUUUUUAAUUUUAAUUUAAUUCCUUACAUAAACAAAAUAGAAUGAUCUGCAGGUGCAACAUUUAAACUGAGGAACGGAAUCUGAGCGUGAAAGUUCAAUUAGAACCAUUUCAAAUCCCACCAGCAACUGUCAUCAACAUACACAAUCAAAAGCCAUUUACAGUGUAAAAUUGUAUUGAAUUUGAUAUCGUUGUGCAUUUAUUAUAGAACUAUAAAAUCUGUAAGAAUUUUUGAUAUUUUUGUUCAUGCCAUGAACAUGCUGCCAAUUUACCCGUCCAGUAUUUUUAGUAAACAUAUAUAAGCUGGUUAUUGUUUCAUUACUUUCAACAUUGUGCUAUUUUGACCCACAGCCAACCCAUGGGUUUGUGACCUUUGACCUUUCGUGUGGACAGUGUUCAGGCUGGAAUUGUGCAUGCGAGCCAUUUGUACAGAAAUAUUUUAUUGUAUUUAUUUUGUGAAACAAACAGGUGCUCAAAACAAAAUGACCAACACUUGCAGUCCAAAAUAAUGUGGUAUUCAUCUGUAGUUUUUUCAUCUAUUAAAUAUGUAAAUGAAACCCCAGAAAGCAAAUCUGCCUUCUCUGUAUGAUAUAUAUUUAUAUAUGUGUGUGUACAUUUGGUGAGCUCAGCUCUUGCUGCAUUAUUUCAAAGCGUUUACGUCACAGCCUGAGGUUUAGGAGAGACAGAAAUGUCUGGAGACUCAGACAGCAGUGGAGAAGGGACAGGAGAGGAAAGAGAGGGAAGGAAACUGAUGCUGGUUUGUUUUUUAUGUAUAUUUUUUGUUUCUUUUUCAAAACAUGGCAAGGGGAAUGAAAAGCUAUAAAAAGUAUUUGUGAAUGAAAAGUUGUUUGUGUGGUUUUCUCACAAGGACAAUAACUGCGAGGAUCAAAUCUGUCUUUAUAAAAUAUGGUGCUAAAACGUGUUCUAUGUAAGUACUUCAGAAUCUGUUUGUGUAAUAUAUAAUCUAUUUAAAGAGC